GAAAGUUUCUUUGUGCCAUUUUUGCAGGGUAAUGCACACAAAUUUUACAGUUGUUAAGAUGUCAAAGUGAUUGCUUAUCUGAGUCACAUCAUCUGCACAUUCUCUGCAGAUUGAUUACCUACAUUCCUUUUAUUGUGAUUUGCCUGUAAAUUUUAAUUUGUAUUUGCCUGUAAAUAAUUAAUAUUCUAGUCAACAUGGGCAUCCCAGGCUUUGAGAAGCUGCCUCUCGAGUGUGCCUUGGACGAUCCACCUCAGUUACGCACACUAGCCGCCGUGUUCAGUGGAGACGUGCGCACGCAGCACGAGUACCUGGCGACCCUGCACCGCCUCACGGCCAGGCUCGUGACGUGUCUUGAUGACGUCACCCUGGCCUACCAGGCCCUGGCCCACCACCUGCACACCCACAGCAGCAAGGUGUACGCCAUCAACACGGACCCCAAGGGUCUGGUUGACACGAGCCUCGGCAGGGGCGCUGAGCUCCUGCAGGAGGUGAGCUCCUGGCAGCACAUCCUCUGCACCCAACUGACCGAUGGUGUGCUCCACCCACUCACCCAGCAGCUCAACGCCUACAG